AUGGUCUUCCUUGCUGCUGCUACUCGUGCGGCUACUCUCCUGCUUCUGCUGGUUGUCACUUUUACCAUGGGACAUACUGAUCAGACGGUGAACCGAAGGACUGCACCGAAAGCGGGCCGCUGGGGUCCCAAGUCCCCAGGGGGCGACGACGCGGAAGAUUCCUUGACGAUGACAAGCGCCCCAGACGCGAGGGUUGCAGCGUCGACCGCAAGCGCUGCUGAAGCCACCCAACGAGCGCCUCCUCUUGUUACAGCAGAGGCGAAGCAUAGCGGAGAGGCACUCGCGGCCCGACGCCGCCAGAACAUCGUGAAGAGAUCGUAUCGGAGAGCGCUCAGACGUGCUCAAAAGGCCGAAGACGGCACGACGUACUAUCGAGGACGCCGGCUACAUCUGCAACAGCUUGGAGCACCCACGGAGCUUGGGCCCCGAACACAGCAGACGGCCAGGCAGUGUCAGCCACCGCCAGGCACCAGGUUACGGGUUUUCUCAAUUAACUUGGGGGGCGUGUGCACCACCACUUACGACAUUCUGAUGACAUGGAUGCAGGAACAUAAGGCAACCUACGACAUUCUGUUUUUUCAAGAGGUGCACUAUGGAUUGGGGAAAGCACUCACCGAAUACACUGUACCGAAUUGGCAUAUUAUCUCGAGCCCGGACCCUCAUCACCGAUGGUCUGGUGUCACAGUGUGUGUGUCCUCUAAGCUGGUUUCUCGUGAUGACAUCCAGUAUCAGGAGGUGGUCCCAGGCCGUAUACUCCAUGUUCGUCUGCCCAUCGGUUGCAAGCGCCAGAGUACUUCUUUAGAGAUUGUGUCUGUAUAUCAGUGGGCUUGGGACGCGGACCCGGCCCAAAAGCGCGCGCAGAAGCGCCAUCUGAUCUGGUCGAAGCUGAACCAGCUCCUUGGCGCAGCCGCACACUUCCCAAAGUACGCCGCGACUGACCGCAGAGCCUGGCCUCUGCAGGAGUUCGCUCCGAAAGGCCCUCAGGCGGCACCAGCCACGGUGAGUGAGCUCACCACUGCUGUGCAUGACUGCUGCGUAGAACUCUUUCCGGCUAUGGGAUAUGUGGAGACACUACCGGACCAUGAAGCAGCACGGAGAGCCUUGGUGGAUGCAGUUUUGCAGGAAGCUGAGCAGGCUGCGCGCAAAGGUGACAUGUUCCGUGAGUACGAGGCUAUUGUUGAGUACUUUGGUCGGAUAUUCUCACAGGGCUGUCCCGCAGUUCGCAUACUUGCCGGGCGAGAGGUGCACGAUCGGCGCGCCGGCGCGCCCAAGCCCAUAGUCGCGGGAGCCGCCAUACUUUCCAUCGACAUGUCGAAGGCUUUCGACCAGGUAGAUCAUCAGUACAUGGCAUCCGCGCUCCGAUUCGUGGGUAUCGACGAGGAUACCAUAGCCAUUAUCCUUGCGUUGCACCGCGCAGAGUAUCAUGUGCGCCAUAAACAGCAUGAGGGCACCAUUGCCCUCAGAAAUGGCAUAAGACAGGGAUGCGUGUUAUCACCUCUGUUAUGGGCAUGUGUAACCGCAUACAUGCUGCAUCGCGCCGAGCUCCAAUCGGCCAACGCCUGGAUAGCUGACGACGUCACUGCAUAUGCUGACGACUUUGCCAGCGCCUUUGAUCUCAGUACGGUCGAAGAUGCCCGGGUCAUGACAAAACGCGUUCAGUCACUUUUUCAGGCGCUAGCAGAGGCGGGCAUGCAAGUCAACGCUGACAAGUCGCACUUACUCUUGCGUGCCACUGGGGUUGCAUUUCAGCAAUGGUUGAAGAAGCAUGAAACCUAUGUUAAGAAUCGUAGGCACCUUAACCUGGGUACCCCCUUCCAACCCAUCCUCAUCCCCAUAGUUGAUCGCAUUGAGUAUCUUGGAACUGUCAUGAGUUUCGGGCUUUACGAGGAUCAGACAGUCCAGCUCCGCCUCAAGGCGGCACGCACCACAGUAGCGCGGCUUCGAGGUCUCCUCUUCUCACGCAAGGGCCUGACGAUACAGCAAUCAUUGCAGAUGUAUCGCACCUGUGUACGCAGUACAUUGCUCCAUGGGGUACUGUCCACUGGCAUCACUGCUGCCGGACUACGGACACUUGAAAAAUUCGAGAUUAAGCACAUCCGGGCCAUUGCGUGUUCACCGAGCCACCUUUUCCGUGAGCGUAGUGCGGACCUGCAAAAGCGGCUCCAGUAUGAGCCGAUUGCUGAUGCCCUAGGUCGCAUGUACCACUCGUGCCAACAACAGGCUGCUACACUGCACUUUCCCUUCCCGGGGGAUCGUGUACUCGAGCAGAGGUCCAGACUUCUCUAUGAGGCAUAUCAGGAAACCUUGCAGGCCCGCAUGUACAGCACACUCACGCAGUGCGAUAGUGCAGGGGUACCGUGUCCGGUUUGCGGGGUCUACUACUCUGAUCAGCGCAUAAUGCGCAUACACUGCGCCAAAAGCCAUCACAUCAGUCUUGUCAGCGCUGACCUACGCCGACCGGAGGCUAGAGCAGCCAUUGAUGUCGCUUCACACAGCGUGGAUGCAUUCCGGUCUGUAGACACUGCCGUGCUAGAUUCCGCAAAUGGUUCCCCCUACCAAUCAGUCGGUCGCUGCGCCCGCUGUGCAGUCCGCUGCGGGGACCCAGAAAGUCAGAGGAACAUUGAUGCCGACUGGGUUGCGUGUGCCGAAAAAUGCGGCGAGCGUUUGCGCCACUACUGCAUUUUCUGCACACAAUGGUGCAGCUAUGAUAGAGGAGGUGUCAAGACGCACAUGCGUCGUAUGCAUGCUGAACGCUGGGCCCUUCGCGACGCCGUCCUCAGGCGGCUCAAGAAGCAUCAUCGCCUCCGCUACCGGGGGCCCUGCAAAGCUUGCGCGUUCACUCCUGCCAGCAGUGCCCUGCAUGCACCCAAUUGUCCUGCCUACUUCCAGGCUUGCAUGAUGUUCCCUCUUCGAAACCCCGAGGUGACCCUUCAUGACGGACUCAGCCGAGAAGGAGAUCUCCGAGGUGUACGGACAGCUGCUGGGACUGCCGAAUCAAGCGCGAGAGACUCGCGAAGCGCUGGACUCCGACAGACCGCCCAAGUGGCAGCGCCCGUCACACAAGGGCUUUGGCGAUGGGCGCGGAGGACGCCAAGGCAAGGAGCAGAAGUGGACACAGCAGGAGUGGGACUCGUGGGGCAUGAGCACUCCCAGAACUCCUUGAGCCAAGCAGUCUCGGGGGACGAACUGAGGGAAGUGGUUGCGCUUCUGACGCGACUGGCCUUGCGCCACGAGGACACAGAGGCAGCCCUGAGAACGGACUGCUCGUUCCUCCUGUACAUGGACACACAGGGCAUGGGGAUGACGGCGCAGCUGUUCAAAAUCUCCCAAGAAUGGAAGGAGAAGAAAGAAGCGGUGCCGCCGCAAGUCAAGCAAAGCCUCAGGACUACCCUCCUCGUGUCGAUCAUGGUAACAAUGCGACAGAAGAUGGAGCAAGCGCUUACCCCGGAGAUGAGGCCGACACUUGUCAAGCACGGAUGGAUCACAGCGGUGGACCCUCCGUCCUGGGCCUACCUACGCUGGAACCCCACAACGGAGCGCCAGGAAGUGGACAACAGCCGCCCGCCAUUGCCGCACUCGGAAGCCUUGAACGCCCUCACCAAGAUCAACGAGCUGGCAGGCCAAGACGGGCUCCUGCACAAGUUCCACGCGACGCGGAAGAUGGCAAGCGAGUACCGCUCGCCGGUCCUGCCCUUCCUCAUCAUGGUAUCCAAUCGAGGCUCCGAAGCCCAAAGCCUGCAUCAGUCCCUGAUCCAGAUCUGCGACAACUCCUGCCUUCGCCUGGUGGGCGCACGCUUGCGCCAGGAAAGGAUGAAGCGGCAGCCGCUUAUGAAUGCCGCCGCCGACCUGAAGCCGAAGGAAGCGGGCAAGAGCUCGGACCCAGACUCGACACGAGCAGAUAUGGCGGACUUGUAG